UUAUUCUUUCCCUUCGUUGUUUCUUUUUUUUUCUCUCUCUCUCUGUUUCUCUCUCUCUUUUAUUCUAAUUCUCGAAACCAAUCCUUUUUUUUUGGACUGUACACAUCAUGGAACAAUGGUUUUUUAGUAGAGAAGAACUACAAUUGGCACCUACCAUUGCUCAUGACGGGGUCUCAAUAUCACAGGAACAUCGAAAAAGAGCUCAAGGCUGUGCAUUUAUUCAAACUGUUGGGUGUCGUUUAGCUGUGCCACAAAUCACUGUUGCUACUGCUAUGGUUUAUUUCCAUCGGUUUUAUAUGCGGUGUUCAUUUAAUGAUUAUAAUAUGAAUCACAUAGGAGGAGCGUGUAUCUAUUUGGCAUGUAAAGUCGAAGAAUCUUCAAGAAAAGUAAGUGAUGUUACCUCAGCUUGUCUCAUGGCCCGAUAUAGUCGAAUCAAUCAAAAUGAUGAAAAACAAAAGCUUUAUCAAUCAUGGCGAUCUGCUAUUUUAUGGUAUGAACGAUUUCUUUUGGAAACACUUUGUUUUGAUAUGACUGUGGAUCAUCCUCAUCAACUAGUACUCGAAUUUGCUGCUGAAUUGGAUGCUUCCGAAAGUGUGACCCAAGCUGCCUAUGGAUUUGCAAACGAUAGUUUACGUCGGCCAUUAUGCUUAACAUAUGAUCCACAAAUGAUAGCUGCAGCUUGUAUGUUACUUAGUUAUAGAGCAUUAGAUGAAGAUAUACCAACAGGAACAGAUACCAUUUGGGGACGUACAUUAGAACAAGAACCAGGGAUACUUGCUGAAAUCAUUGGGGAUCUUGCCAUCUUAUACAAUGAUUCAAAUUAUGGACAGAGUGGUAGUGAUUCAUCAUCCAGUCCCAAUAGUCCAAUUACUUCUACUACAUCUCAACGACGGAAUGGGCAUACCAAAUCUAUUUUACGAAACGGAUAUACCAAUGGCCAUACAUCACAGCAUCAUCAUCAAUAUCAUGAAGAUUCAAGUCCAUCUUAACAUUAUCAUCAGCAUUAGUAUCAAUAUUUUCCUGUUCAUAACCCUCCUAUCAUUACUUCCGCUUCUAGUCUAUCUCUUGGCUAUUGUAUUAUUUAUUCUUCCAUUUUUUUUUUCUCUCUCUCUCUAUUUCCCACUUUCUUCAUCCCAUGUCUCAUUUCAAUUCCCCCCUGUUUAUAU